CUGUUCAGCAUUCGCAGGCAUCGAGUCGCCGCGCGCUAACGUGUGCCGCAACCGCCAUAUUCACUUUCACGUUCAGAAACAGAAAAAACGCGGGAAACCUCCGCGAGAAAUCUCGCAUUUUUCUCGUUGCUAAACAGCCAGUAACAUAAUUGCCUCCACCAAGCAUCAACCGUCGCGUAUCGGACUGUUUACAAAUAGUUAUGAUGUGAGAAAUAAAAAAUCUAGACUUGCAAAUUCGAUUGAAAUCGGCAGUUGAAAAAUCAACAAUAAGCGUUCGCGGACUUUGAGAAUAUCGUCUUUCUUUUCUUUUCCUUAUCUUCGAUUCUUUCGCCUUUCGUACUUCGAUUCUUGCCUUGCCGGGUUCGAUAUUUCGUCGGUUUAUUUGGUGCGGUAGUGAAGUGUAAUUUGUGUGUUGAGUCUGCGUCUGUUAUUUCCGUUGGACGUUUGGUUAUAAUAUGGGUAUUAUUUGGAGAUUCGCCAUGCCGUUGUUAAGUACGCUGGCCGCUUUGGUGAUAAUAGUUCACUCCGCCGAGGAGAACCUGGAAAGGGAUACCCGGGAACGCCGGUUCGACUUGCGACCGAGGCUUCUGGAUAUGAGACCUACGGAUGAACAGCCUUGGAGAGUGGUUCGACCAGAACCAAUAACGCAGCAAUCCGCACAAGGCGAGGUUUGGCACAACGACUCCCAAGAUGAACCACCGGUGCGCCGAAAACUUGGGCGCAAGCGGAAACGUAGACCUCCGGCGUCAUUAGAAGAAGAACCGACAGAAAAAGAAUUAACAUUACCCCCUGUCGAACAAGAGGAAGUGAACGACCAAGACCCAGAAACAGGAAGACGUCGUCAAAAGCUUAGACCGAAUCGAUGGACCGAAGGUGCUAUAGAUCCAGAUAGACCGAUGAGAAAACGGGGACAAAGAAGAAAAAGACCAUCUUUGGGUAACUGGCCGCGAUUAAGCGAAUUUGGAGACUACCACAGAGAUGAUAAAGACCGAGACAUUCACACAAGUGACGAAGCUGACGGCCAAGGUCAUGGUUAUUAUUCACGAAAACGAAUUGAAGACGACUAUGAUGAACAUGUAAGAACCAAAAUUAGACAUCCAGUUUCUGAUGAUUAUGUGCCAAAAGAGAGAACCAAACUAAGACGGCCAAAUUCAAACUCACGGUACGUCAUAUCACAAGAAACUGGCAAUGAAGAAGAAAGGCCUGAGAAAGAAAAAUUAGCUAAAGAAGAUAAAUCACUAUCUGAAUUUUCUAUGGAACUUAUGGGCCCUCUCGAGCCUACCGAGGAUGAUCAAUCACCUGACAUCGAUGACAAAUUAAGAGAAAAAUCACCUAGAAUAUUUUUAAACAUGGAUAAAGCACAGGAGCCCGGAACCAUUGAUCCAAUAACAUUAAAAGAAAUUCUGAAAAGAUCAAACGGAACUAGUUUAAGUGAAAUAUUACAACAACACAACCUAACACUGGCUGAUUUGCUCAAUGGUAAAGAAAAUGCGAUAUCUGUACUCAAGUCAUUCGAAGACAACCAUUCAAGUACCAAAGACAAUAAUGUGGAUAGUAUUGUCAACGAUAACGCAAAUAGUACAGAAUUAGAGAUAAGCCAAAGAGAAAUAAUAAAUGUUAAUCUUAAUCUCGACAGCGACAUCAAUGUUGACAAAGACCAUAAUGUAACUAAUCAAAAUACGACUAAUGAAGAAGUAGAAGUAACAGUUUUUUCAGAACCAACUAACAAUGAAAAUAACGAACCUAUACCACUUCCAGUUAAAAAUAAAUAUAAUGUUUCUUUUACUGCUUUUAAUAAGAAUGCAGAACAACGACCUGUUGCUUUAGAAAACAGAAACUCGGGAAGCAUGAUCAAACGCCGUUUCCCCCCGGGAAUUCGCAGGAAAUUGCGCAUGCGUCCAAUGGCAAAUAACACAUUUAAAAGUCAAAUUAAUAGAGAUUUAAUCGCACUUAGUGCACGAAGAUACAUACAUCACAAUAGGAGAAAUGCUACUAAAUCCAAAGAGUGGAGAGAUAUGAUUCCAUUAAUCAUGACUGUAAACACAACUGAAAAUAAAAAGAAAAAAGAAGAAAGUAAUUCACUUACCACCAUUUCAAUACCUGAAGAAACAACAACCAUUGCUGAUUUAGAUGAAACUAUUGAAACAACCAUAGCGAACGAAGUUUCAACUAGAAAUCAUUUUGACGACAGUGAAGAUGGUGGCUUCAACACCGAAGUACCAGAGCCAUCAACAAUAUCAAUUGAGAUUUUAGCCACUGAAAUGGAUGCAAGCAUUACCGAACGACCAACAACUGUUCGUCCAAUUAGUAAUGCAGCCGGCUUGCGCCGGCAGGCUUUUAACAACAGGCUGAAAAAGAAACGCUUAAAACAAAGGAUUUCUACCACUGAAGCUCCAUCGAAUGAUAUUAUGAAAAAUCUUUUGGAGCUGGGUGAUUUGGUGUCAUCUUCAGAAUUUAUAGCAAGAACACAAAUACCUAGAGCCACAGUUCCGCAUGAUUCCGCAGAAACUGUUACAGAGUUAGAAGAUUUUCUUACUACAGAAACUACUAGCAGACAUACAAGUAUAAAAACAACCAAGAACCCUGCGACGAGAGAAUUUACAAAGUCGAAUGGUGUAACACAAACUCCGCUAAUAUUCUCCACAGAAGAAACUUCUAAAAUCGAAAUAGAAGAGAUUCUAAACGACACCCGCACCAGCACAAAGUUAUCCAAAAUAUUAAAAGAAAGAAACAUGACUUUGAGUGAAUUGUUACAACAUAGAGAACGCGGAUCCAGUCAUGUUCAUCUAGCAGACAUAUUUCACAAUGCGUCCCGUGAACCUAAUCCACCAGAACCAUUCCUGUCCAAGUCUUUAUUGGAACCUAUAUCAAAGGAAACCUACCCCUUACGAGCUAUUUUAGAGGCUAAUGCACAUGAGCAAGCUACCAAACCAACCACAAAAGAUCCUAUUUAUACGAACCAUGUCAACAUUCCUGUGAUAAUGGACUUUGGUAAUAAUGUCAACGAAAAUGCAGAAAACAUGGGUAUCAUGUCAUUGUUCAAUAACCACACUAAAGAAACGACGUUGCCUAACAUAGAAAAAAGUACAUUGCAACAGGAUUCUAAAGGAACUCCUUACAAAUCAACGAUCAUAGCUGUUAAUGCUACAGACGACGGCGAUAUAAAUAGAGAAAGCCGCAUGUUAAAUGACGACCAAGAUAUGAUAAGUUGGAACGAAAUAUUUUCGAUGAUACGAAAAAACCAAAAGAACGAAACAAAAGCAUUAGAAAAACUUACAAAUGAACUACCACCACCACCUGGAACGUAUAAGAAGAUUGUGUUGGAAGAAGAUGUAGAUGGAGAUGGCUUGAUAGUCCUUGAAGAUUUGCAAAGUCUUAAGAGUACGGAAAAGAAGGUCGCUACAGUGUCAGAAGAGAAGAUUGAAUUCAAUUCCUAUGAAGGGGCAGAUGAAACUUCUCAAGAACCAGGCAUUUUGAAGAAUGCGCCGAGUAGCGCCAAAUCGGUCACAGUGGCCACAGCAAGUAUAGUCGGACUUGCAAUGAUACUGUUUUUACUUACAUACGCUGCUCUGAAAUGGAAACAACAAAGAUCUGUAAGUCACAAGAAGACUUUUGGCGAUGAGAGAAUUCCAACUCCUGUUUUUGAAAACAGAAAAGUUAAGAAAAAUUGUAGCAGCAGAAGCAUCAGUCCAAUGCUUCCCACAUCUAAUAUUUAUACAAUGAACACACUGGAAUCACAAACUGGUAAAGAUUCACCAGAAUACAUGUGGGACACAUUACGAAAACCAUUCCAGUAAAGUUAUUUAA